CACAUAUUCUUUUAUAUAUAUAUAGGAUUUGACCCAUCAGUUUUUGUUCACACAUCCUAUAUAUCAGUUUUUUUUCUAGGGGUUUCAUAACUUGUUUGAAUCGUGAACCGAUAAUCAUGAAAGGUGUUUUGAGGCAGUUUUUAGUCGUCAUGGAGCGUAAGAUAAUUGACUUUGAGCAAGGAUGGGAGAAGAUACAAAUUGGUAUCACUGCGCUGAAACGGAAGUCUGAAUGUCUUCAUGUGCCUGUACUUUUAGCUCAGCAUACUAUAGAUAUUUACACGAUUGUCUACCGUAUGUGCACCCAGAAAUCUCCUAAUGAUUUCUCAUGGCCGCUUUAUCAAAAGUAUUGUGAAACAAUGGAGGAACAUAUGAACUCAACAGUCUUGCCUGCUCUCAGUGAGAAGCGUGGCGAUGAAUAUAUGCUGCUGCGAGAGCUGGUUGAAAGAUGGUCUAACCAUAAAACGUUUGUUAAAUCCGUAUCCCUCCUCUUCCUUUACCUUGACCGUUUCUUCAUUUUUCGAAGAUCACUCCUAUCACUUGAAGAAGUUGGCCUGGGCUGCUUCCGUGACCUGGUUUAUAACAAGCUGCAAUGCAAGAUUAGAGAAGCUGUACUAGCACUAGUUGAUAGAGAGCGAGAAGGAGAAGAUAUUGAUACGAAGCUAAUGAAACAAGUAUUAGAGUUUUACGUAGAGAUUGGAGAGGAAAGAUACGAGGAAGAUUUUGAGAGCUUCAUGCUUAAAGACACAGCGUCUUACUAUUCCUGCAAGGCAUCAAGUUGGAUUCAAGAAGGUUCGAUUGAUGAUUAUCUUCUUAAAUUUGAAGAAUGUCUAAAAAAGGAAAAGGAGAGAGUGACUCAUUACCUUCACUUUAGCAGUGAGCCAAAUCUGGUUAAGGUAGUAGAACAUGAGUUUUUUUUUGUGCAUGAAAAUCAGCUCCUAGAGAAAACGCACUCAGAAAAGCAAAUCAGCUUGGCACCUAUUGCAAAGAUAUUCAAGCAACGUGUCACAGAAGAAGGUGGUGAAGACAACAAGGCUAUUAAUGAUCAGGUUGCAAGCGCCAAGGAACAGGUUCUCAUAAGGAAAGUGAUUGAGCUACAUGAAAAAUACAUGGUCAUUGAGUGUUUCCAGAACCACAGUACUCUCUUUUACAAGGCUUUGAAAAGGGCAUUUGAGCGUUUGUGUAGCAAAGCAGUCGCUGGAAGUGAUGAAUUACUGGCAACAUUUUGCGACAAAAUUAUCCUGAAGAGAUGGGGAAGUGAGGUGCUGAGUGAUGAAGAUAUUGAGAAGGUGGUCACGUUCCUUGCUUAUAUAAGCGAUGAAAAGUAUCUUUUUGCAGAGUUUUACAGGAAGAAGCUAACCCUUAGGCUCUUGUUGAAUCGGGGUGUUAGUGAUGAUCAUGAGAGAAGUAUCCUUACAAAGCUCAAGCAACAACAUGGUGGACAGUUUACUUUUAAGAUGGAGAGAAUGGUGACUGAUUUGACAUUGUCAAGAGAAAACCAAACCAGCUUCAAGGAGUAUGUAGCUAAUAACCAUGUUGCCAAACCAGAGAUUGGUUUGACCGUCACGCUUCUUACCACCGGUAUUUGGCCAAGUUACAAAACGUUUGGCAUUAAUCUACCUAGUGAAAUGGUCAAGUGUGUUGAAGUUUUCAAAGAGUUUUAUGAAAAGAAAACUAAAGGUAGGAAACUUACAUGGAUCCAUUCACUAGGAACUUGUCACGUCAAUGGUUUGUUUGAUCAAAAGCCCAUUGAAUUGAUUGUGUCUACUCACCAGGCUGUUGUGCUUCUACUUUUCAACACCAGAGAUAAAUUUAGCUACAUCGACAUCCAAACUCAACUGAACGUAGGCCAUGAAGAUCUAGUGGGGUUGCUUCAUUCCUUGUCAUGUUGUAAAUACAAGAUCCUUACCAAGGAGCCAGCCACAGAGACUGUUUCCAGGACUGAUGUUUUUGAAUUCAACUCAAAGUUCACCGCUAGAAUGUGCAGAAUAAAGAUCCCUCUCCGUCAUGUUGAUGAUAGGAAGAAAUUCAUUGAAAAUGUCGAUAAAGACAGGCGCUAUGCAAUUGAUGCUGCCAUUGUCAAGAUCAUGAAGGGAAAGAAAGCACUGGGACAUCAACAACUUGUUUCUGAGUGUGUCGGGCAACUUAGCCGGAUGUUCAAGCCUGAUAUUAAAGCGAUUAAAAUACGUAUUGACGAUUUAAUAACCAGAGACUAUUUGGAGAGGGACAUGGAGAAUCCUAACAUGUUUAGGUACUUGGCUUAGGGAACAAAGCAUAUAUAUAGUUGCUUGUAUUUUCCAUAUCAGCUUAUAUCUUUUUAGCUCUUGUUUUUCAGUUCUGUUUUUCUGUUUUUCUUAAAAUUCGGUUAUGCUUUUUAUUUGUUUCUUGGAAUGAAAUUUUGGCCUUGUGGGUUUUGUUUCUUGGUAUGAAAUCAACUUCAUCAAAAAUUACGUCCAACAGCACCUAAUUUUUGUUGCUGAAAUAAAAACCUAACAUGUUUAGGUACUGGAUAUUCUAUAUGCAAUAAAAAUUCUUUUCGAGUGUUUGGAACCCCUAUUUUUCACGUCUGGCUCUAAUAGUAACAGCCAACAUAAACAGAGCACGUCGCUGAGAUGUGCCAUCAAAGACUUUCCAUGGAACCAGGAUUGAAGAAGUACAUGUAUGUGUACGUGAUCUAAUGUAAACAACAUUUCUUGUGAUGCAUUAUAUUUUUCACAUUCAUAUAUCCUUUCUAGAAAGUUGGAGGAUUUUUAAUAUAUGAAGAAGAAAAACAGGUGUUACGAUAUUUCAAAAAACACAAAUCGUUUUUACAUCUGAAUAACGAAAAGAAUGAAGCAUAUACAAUAUUCCUAAAUGGAACUAGACAUUUUAUCUAGUACCGCCAAGAUGCAAAUCUUACAUGCACUUAAGAAACCAAUGUCCUGAUGGAUUGGGCAAAUACAGCCCAUUACAUAAAUUUAAAUUGAUUAGCUGUGGAU